AGGUCGUGAGGGGCUCCGGCCCGAAGUUGGGCGAAAGCGCGCAGUGCGGAGAAGGUUGCGACGCCCUGAUCGCAGGGACAAGCGCCGCGUCAUGUUUGGCUGACGCUCGACAGGAGGAGCCCGCAGCCAUUACGGCUUGAGAUUUGACCCCGAGGAGCGAGCCCAGGACAUGGGCGGCCGGGCAAUCUUUGUGCUCCUCGCCGGGGCCCUGCUGCGCACGUCGGCACGCCUCUCGUGGCUGAAGAAGGCCGUGAAAUUCGACCUCUUCAAGGCCGGCGUGCACCCGUGGGGCCUGCCAUGCCUCAACCCGGUGAAGCGUGCCCCUGUGAACUUCCCGCAGGAGCUCCUUGCGGGCAACACCGUGCAGCCCGCCAUGUACAGCGGGUACGUCAACGUCACAGACAGAGACUACCUGUUCUACUGGUUCGCCGAGGCCGAGGACGGCGCCGGACGGCGCCGGCGACGAUGCGCCGCUCAUCGUCUGGAGCAACGGCGGGCCGGGCUGCUCCGCCAUGGAGGGGAUGACGACCGAGCACGGGCCGCUGCUGCUGCUGGGCGCAAAGGAGGGCUCUGGUGCCUUCGCCGGCAGGCUGUCCAGGAACCCGUAUUCGUGGAACAGGCGGGCCCAUGUUCUGUACGUCGACCAGCCGCGCUACGUGGGUUACUCAUGCGGCACAGGCCCCUUCGUGACCUCUUCAGUGGACGCGGGGAAGGACAUGGUGACGUUCUUGAGGGGUUGGCGCCAGCUCUUCCCGGAGCACGCCCACCGCGGCCUCGUGCUGGCGACGGAGUCCUACGGCGGGCACUACAUCCCCGCGUGGAGCUCGGCCAUCAUGGACUACAACGAGGGAGGCGCGGCCGAUAAGCUCACGAUCACGGGCAUCCUCAUUGGCAACGGCAUCAUCAACGACAAGGUGCAGAGGUAUAGCUUCGUCGAGUUCGCCAAGCGCCAGGGCCUCAUCCCGGCGGACUAUGCCGCGGACAACUACACCUCCCCCCGCGAAAUGGUCAAGAGGCACUUGGGGUAUCAGCCCAACUAUUACGACUACCGCCUCAGAGAGAAGGAGUGCUGUGGCUGCUCGUCAUACGACUACAAGCCGUGGGCGGACUGGCUGCUGCGGGAAGACGUGGCCCGUGCCCUCAACGUGUGCGGCGACGCCGGCAACAAGGCAUUUGGCAAUUGCGCUGCCGGUUGCAUCAGCCUCCCAGAGUUCGACAAGGCUGACAUGUUCGACUACUCCGGGGAACUGGGCCGCGCCCUCUCGAAGGGCGUGAAGGUGACGCUGUACUACGGCAUGCAGGACACCGCUUGCGACUACGUCGGCGGCUACGCCGUGGCAGCGGGGCUGGACUGGCCGUUUGCACAGGACUGGGCCGACAGCCCCUUCCGGGACCUGGUGAUCGGCGGCGGGUCGGCGGGCAAGGUGAAGGCCGGCGGCGGCCUCACGUGGGUCCAGGUCAGUGGUGCGGGCCACAUGGUCCCGAUCAACAGCCCGGCCGCCGCCUCCUUCGCCCUCGGCACCCUCCUGCCCAAGCCCAGCUCCUCCAGCGUGGAGGUGCCCUUCCAGUGCCCCGUGUCCGAGUCCCGCGUGCUCGCCGACGAGGAGGCCGGGUUGCCGCACCCGCGGCAGCUCUUCACGCACCGCGGCCUGGGCGGCCUGGGCGCGACGGCGCCCGCGCCCUCGCUGCUAGCAGCGCUGGCGCUCGGCUGCCUGGGCGCGGCCGCGGCCGUGCUCGCCCUCGGGCGGGGCGCGCGCGGUUUCGCCGCCGCGCAGUGCGGCGCGUCGGUGCCGCUGCGGCGGCUCGACGAGCCGCUGCAGGAGCAGCACGAGCCGAGCGCCCACCUCGCCGAGUGAGGACCCCUGCUGCGCGGGGCCGCCCUCUCGCGCGGCAGCCUCGCCUCUGCCGCGUGCCGCCGCGCCGCCCUCUGCGGCGCGGAGGUGCCCCGCUGCUCUCUUUGUAGCUUCUGCUUAAUGCCCUUCCGGGGAGCCCGAGCGGCGUGGCCCGAGGCGGCCUCGCCCGCGACUCCAGGUGUCUGUCACACGGGGCGCCCGCGUUGUGGCGGCCAGCCCCCGUGCGCCUCUGCGGCCGCUGCACGGCAGGCACGCCGCCCUCCUCCCCCUGCCUGCCGCCCCCCCACCAUGCCUUC